AUGGAAAUAACGGCUCCUCAUCUCCUGGUCAAACUCCCUCGCGCCACCAGACCUGAUGCCGCAAUUCUUUUCGGGUCUGUUCAUGCUGUGCGCAAGGGAGCGAAAAGGCGGAGGAAAGAAAUUUGUGCGGCAGUUGAUGGCGAUUCUCUUAGCAUCUAUGAAGUCCAGAAUGGCAAAAUUCUUACGUCGUACCCCGUACCUCCGACUUCGCACUUCCUUGGACAGCCCUGCUCAAUCUGUUCAAAGGUGGAUGGGAGGACUCAUCGGAAGAUAUUUUGCGCCAUAAAACGAAAUGACCUGCGAAUAGAAUGCUUCGAAGGCUACGAUGGUGAUUCGCGCCAGGCGACAUCAAGCAAAUCGCCCGAGCUACGAGAUCAGAACAGCCCAAUUGUUCUUCUCGACGUCAGGUUGAGCAACGAAAGAGAUCAGAUUCUGGUGGUACAACAAAAAGGCGCUCUCACUGUUUUCUCUGCAGACCUCAAAGAUACAAUAUCCGAAACAGCAUUAUCUUCUCCUGACGAGCAAGCCAUCCAUGUUCUGGCUAUCCAGCAUCUUACCAAAUCAGACGCGCAAAAAACUAUUCUGAAACGGAGAUCGGAUUUACUCAGCGAGGCUUCAUCGGAUACCUCAUACCUGGCAGUUGCUUACGGCAAGGCUGGAUCAAAAGAAAGAGCGAAAAAGGUAUAUUAUGGCAUCUGGUCAACCAGUGGUGUUGCCCAACAGACAGUCCCUUCUGCAAAACCAUUUCUGCCAAUAGUUGAACAUGAACUGGUUUUGGAUGGUGCUGAGAUGAAUUCAGCAAUUUGGAACCACAAAAUGUGUAGUUUUGGGACCUUAGCUUCGCGACUCUACAUGCGAUAUGGAGCCGCAUUCCUCUCAUACGACCUGUCAGGUUUACUGCCUGUUCUGACAUCUGUUCUGCGCAAUGGACUUCAUGGAAGUUACGAAAUCAUGGCGAUCACUCCCGCGUUUGCGAUCUACUCAUUCCAAGAUUCUUUGCAACUCUAUGACCUCAAAUACCAAUCAAUUCAAGCACAUAUUGAUACCAGGAGAAUGAAUCCGAAGCGGAAACGGAUGAGGAUGGCUUCUGAGCUUCAAAGCGGCACUGUUGAAUUCGUCACCUACUUCCCCCAAUCAGCACGCAUUCUCGGUAGACGCCGCCACCAGCUACUGGCAAUUGAUAUUUCUUCCACUGGGGGCUCAAAACGAGUGCUAGAAAGGGGGGGCAAACUUCUUCACAGCAUUGGACGCGGGAUCAGCACCCAGGACGUGGCGACUGGUCUUGUGGGCAAGCAUCAGGAACUGACCAUCGGCACCUUUAGCUUGAGCGCAGGAUCCUACGUCGAAUGGCAAACUGUACGGAAACGGCUCGAUCACUUGGCACAAGCGGGCGAUGUCAUGGCAUUUGAAGAAGCCUUUGAUGAUGACAUUCGAAAAUGCUCAAUUAGUUCCUCCACCGGUCCCUCAAAGGCAAUCCUCGAUUUGCCUCGAACCCGAUCGACUAUCCCGGACUUUAAGAUCCACUAUCUUUUGUCCAAGAUAUUUCAAAUAGAUCCAAAUCCACAUGCUACAAAUGUCGGCUCUGUUGGUACUACAAAGUCUUUGAAGGUCCAAUUCCCGACAUUCAAGCUCAUUAUUUGGCUGGCCCAGCUUGGCCUGCUCUCUGGUCGCAAUCUACAAGGAGCAAUUCCAGCUCUGGCUCCCGCUGCUGGGAACACGCUUGCUAUUGAUGCGGUUGCAGAGGCGCUGUAUGCCGCGGACCCUAGCCGAGACCUUCUCAUCGAGUGUCUCGAAAGUGGCUAUAGUCCUUAUGUGGAAGAAAAAGCUGCGAUAGUGCAAAUGCUCAUCAAACAGGCCCUCGUCUUCUCCUCCGAAGCUGCCGGUUCUACUGCGGAGGGUAUGGUGGACGAGGUCGAAGCCGGCGAUACCUCGAAGCCGACAGAUGUGCAAGUUCAGAAGCUAUCUGCAUCAACGCCUGACCCCACGCGGUUGCCAAUGCGACUGCAACGGGCUUUGGUGGUGGCGUUGGAUAGAUUUGGAGCCUCUGCGAGUUCGAGGAUCUCCACAUGCUUACGGAAUUCGUUUUCGCAGACAGAAGUGCUGGCUCUCAUCCAAUUUCUGAGGCAACAACUUUUCCAAGGUGGCCAUACCCGGUCAUUCCAGAGUCUGACUGAUCCAGAGCCAAUGGAAAUAGAAUCAGUCCCAACUGUCAAGCUCGAUGCUGUCGUGAGUAUAAUGUCGAGCUGCAUUGACGCCAUCGGCCCUCUCGGUUUCUUUGGGGCUCUGGACAACGAGGAUUUUAUUGGAAACAUUAUCCCUGAUAUGGUUACGGAGAUCACCCAUACCAAGCAGAGCCUUGAGGACGUGGCGGAGCUUCAGGGGAUCCUUCGCGAGACCCUGAGAUACCAGGAAUCGACCCAGAAAUAUCAAAAUGCCCGGGUGCGGGUUCCUAGUCUGCUCCAGAGAACGGGUAUGGAGCAGCUGCCUGGAAAAUUAAUGACUUUAUACCCCGAAGCAUCUGAGGGACAAGAGGGAUUGCAGAUUGGGGAUGGGCUUCCUCUCAGCUCGCGCGCUGGCAACGUAGUGAACCCUAUGAAGAUCAGAAAGGGUGGAGGACAGAUAUCGAAGCGAAGUGAUAGAGAGAGGGCUGAAUUGGAAAAUAUGGGCAAGGGACGAUACUCGUUUGAGAAACUGGUCCUGUAA